GGAGGGCACGGCCCCGGGAGGGCGCGGCCGCCUCCCCUCAGCGGCGCGGUGCCGCUCCAAUGGCGCGCUGUGCGGGCGGGCACGGCCCCUCGCGGUGACACGGCGCUGCCCACACGCCGCGCUGUUGCCGAGCCCGCACCGAGGGUGCCGGGGAGGGAGGGCGGCGCUGCCCGCGGCCGAUCGGGCGGUGAGAUGGCGGCGGUGCUGCGGCGCGGAGCGGCCGGGCUUCUUGGCAGAUUGCAGACUUCUGCUCCCACAGUACGAACUCUGUCGUCAUCAAAGUCCUUCUCACAAAACAUUCCAAGCUGUUUGUGGAAACUGGGCCGACUUAAUCACGUGGCAAUUGCAGUGCCUGACUUGGAGAAAGCUCAGUCCUUGUACAAAGAUGUGUUAGGAGCCCAGGUGAGUGAGACUGUUGCUCUUCCUGAGCAUGGUGUCUACACUGUUUUUGUGGAGCUGGGAAACACCAAGCUGGAACUUCUACAUCCUUUAGGAGAGAAAAGUCCCAUUGCAAGCUUCCUGCAAAAAAACAAGACUGGAGGAAUGCAUCAUAUCUGCAUUGAGGUUGAUGACAUAAAAGCAGCUAUGACAGAGCUGAAGAAAAAAAAGAUACGAAUAUUGAGUGAAGAGCCAAAAAUAGGUGCACAUGGCAAACCUGUGAUUUUUCUUCACCCUAAAGAUUGCCAUGGAGUCCUUGUGGAACUCGAGCAAGCUUGAGCUGCAAUAUUCAUAAAUUAAACAAUAGAAGAGUUGUGAAGUUCCUGAGCUGGUGCUGGGAAUAUUGAUGUGGUAUUCAGUCUGCACAAGUUCAUUGAAGUUCCCAUGGAUGAAGUGCAGCUUUUGAGUACUGAAAUACUGCUACAGAUUUAGGGUCUGGCUUUGUUGUUGUUGCUGAUUUAAUUUUCAGAAUUAAUAUGUUGGCAUUUCUUGAAUUCUCUGUGAUUCUAAACACAAAUACACGAGCAAAGUUACAUAUGUACCAUAGUAAUUUAUCUUUUGUUGCCUGUUUGCAGCAAGAUUUUACCUCCGUAGCCACAGAAACUGUACAGUUUCUAGGUCAAGCUGCAUUAUUUUGCUCUACAUUUCAGAGCAGAGACCACUUUCGGAGCAGUUGCCACUUCCCAGUGACAACAAUACAGCUUAGACAUUUUAUUUAGAAAUAAAGGAAAACAAACAUUCUGUUUUCUCUUUUCACUAUCCACCAUCUGUGCUUCACACUGAUUGAUUGGUUUGUGCAAUAAAAAACCCAUAUAUUAUUUUAUGGAUGUCUACAAUCAGUAAAUAAGUUUUUCUUGGCAUAACAAUUACUGCCAAGGAAGUUAACAUGCACAAAUCAUCAUUUAUUUGUUUUAUGAUCUUUGUGGAUAUGCAGGCAAUGCAAGAAGAGAACCUGAAACUACUUGCCUGACAUAUAUUUCAUACUGUAAUGUACUUGUGACAUUUUAGUUUUUUCAUUUUUAGGGUUUCUUAAAGUUUUUGGUUUUUUCCCAAGCUUUCUCCACAGAAGAACAUCUUGAAGAGACACGAACAAGCAGCAAUUAACCUUUUCACUUACUUUACAAAUAAGGUUUUCCUGCGCAGAAGCACUUACAAAAUCAGUGGCAAACACACCACGUAAAUUUCCCUUCUGUACACAGUUGUUAGCAUUAAAGACCAGACCAGUAUGCUGAUGUCACAGGCUGCAGGCAGUUUUGUUAACUUAUUUAUGAACAGACUUCACUUUAUUGGUGUACAUUACCCAAGCAGUCUUUUCCUGAUGCUUUCUUUUAUAGGUUUGUUUUGACAUUUCAGCUGUAGAAAUAGAAGACUUACUAUUUCUUUAGUCUUCUCAAGCCUUAAAAAGUCAUACUUUCCUAGCUUAACUACAAUCUGAAUUUUAAAUUUUCCUACAUCUCUGCAUAUACAGUAAGAACCUUCAGCUUGAUAUGAAGAUGAUUUUAGUCUACAACUUUUUACUUAAUGAAAUUAUUUGCAAUGUAUGUCAUGCUUGCAGCAACAAAAUACAAAUAUAUUGUUGACCUGAGAUUUAAACAUGUUUCUAAAGACAUUGACACUUCCUCAUGAAUUUUACUUCUGAAAAAAUCUCUACAAAGCCAUGAUUUUUUUUUAACAAGAUAGUUUUGUACUUAAAAUAAAUACUCCUUCUGUCAUGUUUUAAGAAAAACACAGCCUUCCACAGGGUUCCUAUAUUUCAUCAAAUCACUGUUUAGAGAGUAGUUUGUGAUCUAAAUUCUAAACUGCUUAAAUUUAGAAAUCCUAACACUUAUGAUGGAAAUGCAGAAUGACUUAAUAUUCCUGAAAGAUAAUUUGGCCAUCUUAGGAGAUGAGCAAAGCCACUUUUGUCUUUUCUGUCAAAGACAACAAGGUACCUUUUCUGCAAAACCAGCAUAGGAAUACCAAUACUAAAAGCCUCACUAGUUAAGAUAAUUGAACAGAAGUCUUUAAACCAAAUACCCUUAGUUUGGUGCAACAGAAACCAUCCUCCCAUGGUUCAUUCUCCAUUUAUUUGUCCUGUCUGAAGGAGAUGGACUUCUGUGUAUGGCAUCUAUCAACAUAUCAGAGUAAGUAGCCUGAGGUAGUGUCACAGCACAUGUCACAGUUGAGACAGCCACAAUACACAAAGUUUCCCCAUACAAUUUCAGCAGGCUUUAAGCAUUCACCCAUACAAACCAUAUCAGAAGGCUUCAGGACCCUCCCCACACAGAGUAACACCACACCACUUCAGAAGGCUGCAAGCAUCUGCCCUUCUUGUUCUUCAGCCCCACCUUUUAUCCCCUCAUGUUGAUGCCCUGCACCUGUGUGCCCUGUGCUCCCUUUGGGGUUGGUCAGUGCCCCUGGGCACUCCAUGGCUCAGUGCUGUCAGUGCUGCUCACCUGCUGCUCACAGCUGUGCCCACUGGGGAGGAGGCUCAUGCACAGCCCCACUCCCAAUGACCACAAACAAGGUAGUGCUAGAGAACAGAGAUCUUUAAGUCAACACUUGUUCCACCUGAAGAUUGUGCUCCCUAUCUUAAUGGCAGAAAGAGGCUUGUAUUACUUUUUAGCCAGUAAGCAGCAGUUUUCCUGACUCACUGAUGUGGGGUUGCCCAGUGCUAAGUCAGCUGAUGCAUUUUAUUCCUUGUAUCUAAGUUGUGCUCCUAUCUCACAGUUCAUACUUUUUUUUCUGACUGUUCCUAAGGUGGAAGUCAAAAAAGCGUCAACACACACAAAACCCCAGCCUUGCAAAAGACAGUUUAGGGCUGCAAAUUAGUCAGUACAGAAAACUGGAUCAUGUUCUUAUAAACUUAAAAUUUGAUGGGGUCAGACCCCCUUACUUGUCUGGGUGUGUGCUACAGGACAAGAGAAUUUCCCCUUCUGGAGCUAUAGACUUACAGAAUAGCCAAGGGAGCUAGACAACUACAGGAUCUGAAGACAGCUACAACUGAGAGAAGGUUCCUGUUCAUAAACUUAACUCCCUUAGACUUCAGUGGGAACAGAAUCAGCCCCUAUCAACUGUGUAGUCCUUCACUUUAAGGCAGGCAGCCUUCACAAGCUGUUGUUCUGACUUACCAAAGGUUUGGGACAGGGCUUACAUACAUGGGCUUACUCUUUGUCACUGCCAUAAGAGGGGAGUAACAUCCAGAAAAACAGUGGAAUUUCAGGGAUGGAAGCUGGGGAAUAAGAGAACUGUGAUUGGCUCCUUUCAGUGGAGGGACAUUUGCACCAUUUUACAACUUCUGGGAAGAACAACAAUUAUUCAAGUAACUGCAGCCUGAUUAUCUUGGAAGAGAAUUAGGCUCUUCUUUUUUGUUUUUUGUCUGUUUGGUGGAUUUUUUAAAACAGCAAAACCUUCUUCUCUGAUAAUGUCAAGCUUCUCAGAAGAUGGAGUGUUAGUAUUUUGCCAGUAAAUUUUCUCACGCUUGUGCCAUUUGUCAAGUGCGAAUUCCCUGUUCCAAUCUCUCCAUGUGCCUUUUUUCCCCUCUGAGCUGAAGCAUGUUCCCAUUUUAUGCUGCCUAAGGCAGACAAGACACAUUUUUCUGGAUUCCAUCAACAUUACUCAGGCAGCUAAAGAGCUCAUAAUUAAAUGAUGCAAAGUAUCUUUUUUUACUUCCUCUCUGCAGCCCUCAAGUCACUCCUAGGUGGGAGGAGGUGAACAGGCUGCAGAAUGAAUCCCAUUCCUUAUGAUGAGACAAACCUAGAAGGAAACUUAAAAAGCUGGGAAAAGAACUAACUGCAUGCUUUUUAAAAGCUAACCUUACAGUUUUGCAGUUCUGCAAAAACUCUGUUGCUAUCAUGCUUAUUCUGCAAUUAAUGCACCCAAAUUUCAUUCUGAAUUCUGUUGCUUUCAUUAUUACCAUAUCAAGCUGAAAUCUCAUAGAAAGACCAUGAAACAUGGAGAUGUUUACAUUGUCUGGUUGAGGUACUUACCCUAGGAGUGGGUGGACAAUGAUAUCCUUGGCACUUCAUUUGAUUCUGUCCUUACAAGGAAUUCUUCCUGUAGUGAUGGUUAGUUGGACAUGGGUUAGUUGGACAUAAGAACCCUUAACUAACAGAAAAACUCAAAAUUAAUUGUUUCAAUAUUGGUUUUUUUACCAAAGCAGUUGCCAUGUUGGCCAAAUUGAGGCUGUCAAACAGAGUAAGAUCAUCAAGUUCAACUAGUUAAUUAAUAUGAAAAUGGAAUCUAACAACAAUGUAUAAAUUAAUCAACCUAAGGCUGACAUUUUCCAGUGGAAGACCUCAACCACUUAGGAAUGCAAAAUGUGUCACCUUUGACAAGCAUUUUCAAAGCACUUUGAAAAAAUUAUGAAAUAAAUAUCUUAUUGUGAUGGAGGGAUGUUUGUGUCUUGUAUAAUCUUUAAAUAUCUAUAAAAUUAUGUCAACUGUCAAUUUUAAUGUUCAUUUACACUGUCUGGUAUAUUGUCAAAAAGCAUUGCUAAUUGCAGAAUUCAUAGCAUAGAUUCACAAGUGAGGAAGACCUCUCCAAUACAUUUUAAAGUAAUGAUACAUUUUGAAACAUUUAAUGACUUUUCUAGAUCUAAUCUAAAGUGGCCUUUCAACUGUUACUGCUAAUACAAAAAUAGUAAAUAGGUACUAAAAUGUUCUGUGAAGUUGAUCUUUAAUGAAAUUUUUUGUUUAUUUUUAACAGUGCAUUUUUUCAGUAAUUUUAACAGCUUCAAAACAUGAUUUUAAGAUCUGAAGUAAUUUGUAACUGCAGGUACCCUGAAAGGAUAUGUGAUGAUGCACAAUUUGCAUUAAAUAAAGGGAAUAUCCAACUCUG